AUGACUCCGAAGACGACGACCAUGGAGGGGACGUCCCCGAAAACAUCCGAUGUUCACUCCAACUGUGACUUCAACGACGACCUCAACUAUGGUCUCAAAUACGACCCGGGACAAACCCUGGCUACGACGUCAACAACCAACCCAAUUGCGCCCUCGACGGCAAGCAGUGUCUUCGACCUUGUCGACGAGACUGACGACGACAAUGACGAUGACACAGGCGACGACUCGAACGACGACAUCGACGACGAUCCCGACUAUGACUUUGACGCUAACCCUGACCACGACUACAACGGCGACCCCCCUACAACUUUGGUGACGACCUUGAUGACGAACCCGAUGACGAACACGAUGACGACACCGACGUUGAGUGUGAUGUCGACAACGAAGACGAACAGGACGACGACGCUCGGUUCGUCUCUCAAUGAGCGGAGGAAGUCCGCCACAUCGGCCUCAUUUUUAUUCAAGCCGCACAACAAAAUGGACGGUACAAACUUUGUCGCCACGACGCCCAGUUCGCAGCCCGGCUACCAAGUGACUUUGUAG